AUGAGGGGCGAAUUCGAUCAGAACAGCACCCAGCGGGAGUCCAGUCCAGCGAAUGGAACUCUCCCCGUCGGGGACAAGCCAGUGGCGGCUAAAAUAGCCGUGCUCAGCCUCGUCUUUGUCCUGGCCACUUCGGGCAAUUGCAUCUUCCUCUGCACUCUGUGGCGAAAGCGCAGGAAGAGCAGCCGCACCCGCCUCUUCCUCUUCCACUUGUGCACCGCCGACCUGGUGGUCGCCUUCUUCCAGGUGCUGCCCCAGCUCCUGUGGGAGGUCACCGACCAGUUCAAGGCCCCCAACGUGGUUUGCAAAGCGGUUAAGUACUUGCAGGUCGUCGGCAUGUUUGCUUCUACCUACCUGUUGGUGGCGAUGACCCUGGAUCGCCACCAAGCUAUUUGCAAGCCCAUGGCUGCCAUCACCAAGGCCUCUUGGCAGAGGUACCUGACCGUGGCCCUGGCCUGGGGCUUCUCUUUGCUCUUCAGCCUCCCUCAGGUCUUCAUCUUCUCCAUUGAAGAGGUGCAGCCGCGGGUGUUCCAGUGCUGGGCGACCUUCGUCAAACCUUGGGGCCGGAAGUCCUACAUCACCUGGACAGCUUUGGUCAUCUUUGUGAUCCCAGCAGUCAUCCUGAUCACAUGCCAAUUCAAAAUAUGUCGAACCAUUUACCUAACUGGGCAAACAAACAGGCUCAAAAGGAUCGCCUUGACAGAAACCAAUGUGAAGGGGACACAAGCGGGCACUGCCAAGCGGAUACCCAGCUCCUUACUGAAAACACUGAAGAUGACCUUUUUAGUAGUGAUGUUGUACAUUCUGUGUUGGGCGCCAUUCUUCAUUGUCCAGCUCUGGUCUGUUUGGGACCCAACUGGAGGACCUGUUGAGGGUACACCAUUUAUCAUCAUAAUGCUCCUUGCAAGCCUCAACAGUUGCACAAACCCAUGGAUCUACAUGGCCUUCUAUCGGUAGGUUUGGUGAGACUUUACUGCAUCCCAUUCUGAAAACCUGUAUCUGUGAGAAACAUCAGAGGCUAAGGCCUACCUUGUAUGAUCAGCAAUGAAGGAAUGGAACUUGCAAUUCAGUCCAAGUACACUUGCUUAUGUGACUGUCACUCAGCAACUGCAAUGGAUUUGUGUAGACAGCUGAAACAGUGUUGCACCCUCAACUGGAAAUCUGGAACUAAGUGAAGAACACAAGCAACUGUGUGUCGUCUUAAUCAUCAGACUGAGGAAUCUUACUGAGAGACUCAAGCCACAAGAUUCAGUUCUGUAUUACCAUUAGUAUCAGUGUUACGGUA